AUGGGGGGCCCCCCAGGGGCCCCUCCCGGGGGGCCCCCAGGGGGGCCCCCUCCCCGAGGGGCCCCCCAGCCCCCAAAGAUAGAGAAAGGGGCCCCGGGCGCUACGGGCGCAGCUCCUUCUCCCCUUCUCCCCGCUGCAGCAGCUCGCAAGAGUCCUUUAGAGAAAGAAAGAGAAAUGGAAAUAGAAAUAGAGAAAGAGGGGGCCCCUACUGGGCAGCAGAGAGGGGCCCCCAGCCCGCUGCUGCAGCCCGCGAGAGAGACCGCGGCAGCUGCAGCAGCAGCAGCAGACACCGCAGAGGCGGCUGCUGCAGCCCGAGUGUAUCUCCAGCUCGCGGCAGCAGCUGGAGAGGCUACAGAAGAGCCUACUGAGGCUGUGGAGCCUCAGAAGCAAUAG